AUGGCCCUCCUCCUCGACUACCUCGUCAAAUUCCUCCUCGGCUACACCGCCCUCACCCUCUCCUUCUACAUGGCGUCCCUCGUCGUCCCCAAGGCCGGCUUCGUCGCCCGCUCGCUCGCCGCCUACAUCUCGCUCAUCGCCUGCGCCCUCUACGGCGUGCUGGCCUCCAUCCUGCUCACCCUCGUCGGCAAGCGCCAGAUUGCGCAAUGGGCCGUUGCCCGCGCCUUUCACUUCACCAUGCGCUACACCACGGGCAUCGAGUUUGUGGUUGACGACCCGGAAAACAUCCUCGGCUCGACCCGCCCCGCCGUCUUCAUCGGCAACCACCAGACCGAGCUGGACGUGCUCAUGCUGGGCGCCGUCUUCCCCAAGUACUGUAGCGUCACCGCAAAGGCCCAGCUGAAGCGCGUGCCGUUCCUGGGCUGGUUCAUGAGCCUCAGCGGCACAAUCUUCAUCGAUCGCAAGAACAGCCAGGGCGCUCGCUCGGCCAUGGACGGCGCCGCCAACGAGAUCAAGACGAGCCGCCAGAGCGUCUACAUGUUCCCCGAGGGCACGCGCAGUUACGCAAAGGAGCCUAUGCUGUUGCCCUUCAAGAAGGGUGCUUUCCACCUCGCUGUGCAGUCUGGAGUUCCCAUUGUGCCCAUUGUUGUCGCAAACUACAGCCACAUCCUCUAUGUCAAGAGCCUAGUUUUCAACUCUGGCAAGAUUCCCGUCAAAGUCUUGGCCCCCAUCCCCACCGCCAACCUCACCCCCGCCGAUGUCGACGAACUCACCCGUGAGACCCGCGAACUGAUGCUCAGCGAGCUCAUCAACCUGACAGAAAAGGCUCGCGGCCAGCCAAUCGCCGUCCCUGCCACCAACGGCUCUUCCAAAGGCAAGAGCACCGCCAUCGACAACUAAAUAACGAAAAAAAAAAAAAAAAAAAACGCUAUGUGAUUAUAGCGCACAGCAAAACAUAUCACCAUAGACAUCAAGCAAGAGACAGAGAGAGACUAGCGUUCUAGCGAUGGCGCAAAGAAGAGAAGGACUAGAAGAAACCAGAAACUGAGAACUCGCUUAAGAAUAGAAGACGGGCACGGCUUUGGGUUUAGAAUAAAUCGGGUGGGUAGGAAGGAAAGGCAGGUGUGGUUUAAAUGGCGAAUUUUCGGGACGGACAAGGGUGGUUUGGGUUAUGGCAUGUGAUGUCAAUUUUGAAUUGAUACCCAUUAGAUGUAAAACCCUUAUAUACUAGCACAGUUAUUAUUUAUUGUA